AUGGAGGACGAAACGUCUCAGGAAACAAUAACAGAGGAAAUAAAGUUUAAACCAAGAAAGAAACAUAACCUUCGUCAGCGUAUCAAAGAUGAUGAUGAUUCUGACGACGAACAACACAUCUUGACUAAAUUGGAAGAAACAAAGGUGUUACAAAAACUUCGAGAACGGCCUAAUGGUGUUAGUGUGAUUGCUUUGGCUACGGGUCAAAAGACAACAAUUGAGGAAGAAAUUACUUGUAAGGACCCAUUUAAGGUCAAAUCUGGUGGUAUGGUGAAUAUGCAGGCAUUAAAGAGUGGUAAAGUUAAGCAAGUCGAUGAUGCAUACGAUACUGGCAUCGGUACGCAGUUUUCUGCCGAAACUAACAAACGUGACGAAGACGAGGAAAUGAUGAAAUAUAUUGAAGAACAAUUAGCGAAACGAAAAGAAGGACGUAAUGAAGACACAAAAGAAUCUGAACAAAACGAUGCUUUGAAAUACUUAUCACCCGAAGAAGCUGCAUUAUUGUCUCUUCCUGAACAUCUGAGGGUUUCAUCAGCACAUCGCUCCGAGGAGAUGCUGUCUAAUCAGAUGCUCAGUGGUAUUCCUGAAGUAGAUUUGGGUAUUGAUGCAAAAAUUAAAAAUAUUGAGGCUACAGAAGAGGCUAAAAUGAAACUGCUUUGGGAGAGGCAUAAUAAAAAAGACUGCCCUUCACAGUUUGUGCCCACUAACAUGGCAGUGAAUUUUGUACAACAUAACCGGUUUAACAUGGAUAGUGAUAUUGCUAAAAAACGUAAACUUGAGAAGCCAGAAGUGGCCAAGACUGAAAGUAGUGUUAUAGAUGAUAAUGUAGAUAAAAUAGUGAAGAAGGCUAAAGGUGAAAGAGCUACUGACGAUUAUCAUUAUGAAAAGUUUAAGAAACAGUUUAGAAGAUACUAA